AUGACUAAAUCAGAUACUCCAUCAUAUACUGAAAAAAUCAUCAAUAUCCCGUUCAGGCACAUAUAUGCCAUGGACAAUGAACACGAGGCCCCGUCUCUUGGUGACAACUUACCUGCAGCCGGGAUCGAGGGCACUCUUGUGAUCCCCGCACAGCAUACAUUACACACUCUCAACACGGACUUUACUGCGGUAAAGCCCCAGCGUCGGGUUGUUGUACUAGCACACGGCCAAUCCGGACAUCGCAACUAUGUGUAUCAGAAACUGUUGGCACGAGCAUUGGCAGAACGUAAUGGGCUGUACACGUUCCGGUUUGAUUUCCGCAACUGCGGUAACUCGCAACAUGUCGACUCUCCCAAUGGACUCACAACAUAUGCAGAACAUCAGGACUUGACGGUUGUGUGGGAUUAUCUUAUCAACAAGCUAGGGUUGGUUCCUGCAGCACUUGUGGGGCACUCAAGAGGUGCUCAAGCAUGCUUAAAUUGGGUUUUGAGUCAACAAGCACUGCCAGAUGGUGGAGUGUACAUUCCUACGGUAGUCAAUUGUUCAGGUCGGUACCGUACUGAAAUGAUUUUUGAAUGGUACAAAAAAAACAUGCCGGAGUUUUGGGGAGCUGAGAAGUACUUCAAGGUCUCUAAUGCUCGACGGAGCAAACAGGGAGGGGUAGAAAAGGAGGAAACUCCAUACAUGGCUCGACACGAAGCCAUUACAAUUGCCGGGUACGACAUGACACAAAUCAAGUACUUGAGGCGCGACACUUAUGUAUUGACGAUCCACGGUGAUAACGAUGAUAUUAUUCCCUGUGAAGACGCAUACUUGUUUGCCGAUGCUUUGGCUGGACACCACGAGCUUCACAUUUUGUCUGGGGCAAACCAUAAUUACGUGGUGAGCACGACAAGUGUGGUUGGCGAUGAGGAGGUUGGGUCCAGACGCUCAUUGGUCCCUGAAGUGGUGGAUUUGAUUGUGGACCGUCUUACCAUUGAGAAGGAAAAUGAAAGGUUUCAUAAACAGGAAGCAACAUUGGGAUCUACAGCAUUGGGGGAAACACCAGUGGCUCGCUGGAAAACUGUGGAGGGCGUACUAAAUUUCCGCGAUUUUGGCGGGUUCCCCGUGCGUGAAAAACAUGGGCUUGUGCGCCGGUGGGUACGUCCGGGGAUUUUGUAUCGGUGUGGGUCACUAGAUGGUGUUACAGAAGCUGGAAGAGAACAAGUGAAAAAACUAGGGAUACAGCAAGUAUUUGAUUUCCGGUCUGAAACCGAGUUACGGCCCAAGAAUGAAAACACUCGGGAUGGGUUGUUUGAUGGUCCUCCUGGUGUGAUAACUACGCAUGAACCACUGUUUUCCAAGGUUGAGUAUAGUCCGGAGGCUCUUGCACGGAGGUUUGCAGCUUAUGCAGCGAAUGGGUUCAGCAAGACGUACCGAGAGAUUUUGGAUGCCGGUGCACGGACUGGAGCAUUUAAGCGAGCAUUUGAAUGGGUGCGGGCCAAUCCCGGGUCUCCAUUUUUAUUUCAUUGCAGUGCUGGGAAGGAUCGGACAGGAGUAUUUGCGAUGCUUGUUUUAUUGUUAUUAGGAGUUGAACGGGACACGAUUGCUCAUGAAUAUGAAUUGACGACUGUGGGGUAUGCGCCAGAACGGGAACGGCUUUUGAAGAUGGCACGAGAUGGAGAGUUUGCCAAACAUGUGAAGGAACAUCCACAAUUUAAGGAGAUGACGAUUCGUGGGUGGGAGCAUUUGACAAGUAGUAGGUUUGAUACGAUGAUUGAGACGCUAGAUUGGUUUGAAAAGAAGUAUGGAGGGGUGAGACAUUAUUUGGUCAACAUUGUAGGGUUGGCUGUAGAGGAUUUGGAUGCUAUUCGUGAGAGUUUAUUGUAUGAUGGAGAUCCAGUAGAGGUUCGUCGGACGUUUUAUCCAAAAUUGUAA